GCAUUUUUUGUAGUUAUAAAAAAUAUUAUCUACUUAUAUAAUAUUUACCUACUUAGCACUGGUAUUUUACAAAAGCGUGGACACAUUAGGUGUAGAAAAAUAAUGGUUAGUCGAACGGGACUUUAUGCAGCAAACAUACAAAAUACAUAUGAAAAUGAAAAUGAGGAAAGUCCUAUAGAAAUGACAGGUGUGUUGUGCAACCCUGCUCCCGUUGUAUUGAAACCAUUAGCAUCUCUUUAUAACCCAUACCCUUACGGUUGUUCCGUGCUUUGCAACCAUCCGCUUGACAACGAAAUCAAAGAACUCGUCAAAAAGGCUAAAGAUGCCUUGGCAUUAGAUCCAAAAUCUCCACAUCGUUAUCCCGAUGUGGAUGAAAUCAACAUAAUAGUUCCAGAGGAACUAUUUAGGAAGUAUACAGAAACUGAUUCAAGAGCGACCAGUCCUUUGCCGACAACUACUCCUAAAAUAGGAACUCGUGAACAAGCCGAAGAUAAAUCAAAGCUGGUUUUGGAUUUAGGACGUAGCAGAAGUCAACAGUCAUCAAUUAGAUUUACGGGUGUUAUUGGACAAGAAUUUUGUGAGGCGUUUUCUUUGUGUCAAGGAUCAGUACUACAUGCGCCAUAUGUUACACGAUCUACAUAUACAAAUAAUGCAGCAAAAAGAAAAAAUUCACUAUCAGCUAAAAAGUCUGGAAAAAAAAGACGGUUAAGGGCAAAAAUAACCAUCACUGAAAAACAAGUCGACUGCAUUGCUGAUAAUUUACGUCAUCUAGACUUGUCGGGAGCUUACGAAACACAAAAAGAAAACGGCGUUAUUAAAGAGGUAAAAUGGAGAAAAGGAAAACCAGUUAAAGUGGGUAAAACCCGCAAGCCAAAAUCAGAAAAGAAACAUUCCGGACGUCAAACAAAAGAUUUCAAAGGGUUUCAAGAACCUCUGGAGACACAGAUGUCCAGCAUGAAUCCAAAUUCGCCUGACAUUAGUGUUUCCGAGAAAGACGACGAGGAAGUUAAAGAACCCGAAAACGAUGACUACCAAAUAAGCUUUUUUAUAAAACCAGAAAUAUUAAAAGAACUUCAACGGGAAUUGAGUUUAAUAGACAUAGAAAAUGAAUUUGACAUGAAGAAGCACGUGGCACUAGAAGAAGCAUUAAAAAUGAGAUCAAUAUUAUUGGCCGGUCAAACAAUAAACGAUGAGCUAGCAACGUUAAAAAGUAAACUCGGUAUGACAAGUAAGGAAGUUAUUUUACCUGGCUUACCCCGAACAUUUUCUAGAAAAAAUAUACGAUUCGAAUUGCCGAUAGACAGAAAAAGUCUCAUAGAUAUGAAACCUUUAGAUUAUUUGAAAAGUAAUGUAAGUAUUGAUAAAAGCUGCCAAAUUAUAUACUCAAGAGUGUUUGAAAAAUAUCUAAAUCAAGAAACAAGGGUCAUUCACGAAAAAAACUUUUUAGUCGCAUUAAACGAAGUCAUGGGUAGACCAUUUACUGAUCAAGAGGCUAUUGAUUUUCGACUAAUUAUUGAAUGGUCCGAUGGUCAAGUUCUUAAUUUUCGACAGUGGUGUGGCUUAUGUGGUGCUGCAGAACGUCUUCUGGGACACCGUUUUGUAUCUAAACCGCUGAGUAAGGUUCAAGAUCCUUGCAAUGAAGUUGAAAAGGCUGAUUUCAUGUUGUUGGACAAGUGGCUUCAAGAUAUACCACCAGAAAAUCCGAUUUAUAAAUUAUUGUCUCUUAUCAAAAAUACUUAAAUUCUCUAGUGUCGAUAAAUAUCUUAAGUAAUACAAAUCAACAAUUUUAAUUUAUUAAAACUUUAAAAUGUACGACGUAUUAUA